CGAGGAGAUGGAGUGGAGGCAGAGCGGAGGAGAGAAAAGGAAAAAGGGAAAAGGGAAAUGGAGGAAAAAAAGACACCGAAACAGCCGAGACGCAGGGCAAACGCUGCAGCGCCAGGACAGAGUAUGGAAGUUGGAGAUGUUGCGAGAUGGUUAAGUGGAGCCGGUAACUGGGAGCGCGCAGGAAGAGAGAGGGCGAGAGCCGAGGAAGGACAGCCAAAACUACUUGUCCAGCCUCGCUGGCACAAGCGCAUUCUUCGCUCUCCCACUCGCGUCGGUUCACUUUCACACACCGUCGCUCGUCAUCCUCCCUCCCGCCAGCACGACCUCCGUCCGAGCGACGACCAAACGACCAAACGACCGAGUGGCCAAACCAACUGGCAACUCCACCUUUUCAGCCUCAGCUCAGCCCGGCCCGGACCGGACCGGACCGGUACAACUGGCUUCGGUUGUCCUAGCAUCAACCCCCUGACACUCCCGUUCAUUAAACACGUCCGCCGGAUGUUGGCCAAAGUCGACAUGGUCGCUAGUCUUCUUCGCGCCGUUGCCCCGACUGCACGCCUCCACUACAUGUCGGCAUGGCGACAAAUCAGCACAGCCGACAGCCGAUAA